AGGCCACGGUGAGGCGGGAAUUCUGGAAGCGACCGGUGAUUGGUUGCAACGGGGGAGCCAUUUCCGUCUGAAUGCAGGAGUGGGCCAUUUCCGGUAGACCCUGUGAGAGUGAGUGGAGGAGGCUCAAGAAGUGAGAAGAGGAAGACUAGUCAUGAUGGGUUUGACAAAGCUGGUUUUGUACCUUACCAUGUGCGGCAUUUAUGCUCUGAGUAAACCCACCGAGAAGAAGGAUCGGACCUUCCAUGAUAAGGAACUGAGUGACAAAGUACAUGAUGACACAGAGAACUUUGACUAUGACCACGAUGCUUUCCUUGGAGCUGAAGAGGCAAAGACAUUUGACCAGCUCACUCCUGAGGAGAGCAAAGAGAGGCUUGGAAUGAUAGUAGAUAAAAUAGAUGAGGAUAAGGAUGGAUUUGUCACGGAGGCAGAGCUGAAGGCCUGGAUAAAGCGGGCUCAGAAGAGGUACAUCUUCGAGAAUGUUGGGCGCCAGUGGCCAGAUUUCGACACUAACCAGGAUGGGCUUGUUUCCUGGGAGGAGUACAGAAAUGUAACGUACGGCUACUACCUGGAAGAUGGAGAGGCCGAUGAUGGUUACAACUACAAGCAAAUGAUGGCAAGGGAUGAGCGUCGGUUUAAAAAGGCUGACCAGAAUGGAGACUUGUUUGCCACAAAGGAGGAAUUCACUGCUUUCCUACAUCCAGAGGAAUAUGAUCACAUGAAGGACAUUGUUGUGUUGGAAACCAUGGAAGAUAUUGAUAAAAAUGGAGAUGGCUUUAUUGACUUGGAGGAAUAUAUUGGUGAUAUGUACACUGCAGACAGUGACGGCCAUGAGCCGGACUGGGUGAAAACCGAGCGUGAGCAGUUCACAGAGUUCAGAGACCGCAACAAAGAUGGCAAAAUGGACAAGGACGAAACCAAAGACUGGAUCCUGCCAGCUGACUACGACCAUGCUGAGGCUGAAGCUCGCCAUCUUGUCUAUGAAUCUGAUGAAAACAAGGAUGGAAAACUCACAAAAGAAGAAAUUGUGAAAAAAUACGAUCUAUUUGUGGGAAGCCAGGCUACAGACUUUGGAGAGGCCUUAGUAAGGCAUGAUGAGUUCUAAGUACAUGGAUAACCACUUUGAAGAGAACAAGAUUCCAUUCCAUAAAGGAUAAUUUAUUUUUUACAAUGUGCAGUUUUCACUCAUUACAUUCUCUAGCUACCAUAGAGUUUGACUUGGAAGCAGAGAAAAUUGGGGGAAGGGAGGGGUGGGAAGAAAGAACAGUUAGGGAUGGGGAGGAAGGGAGGUGGUUCCAAUGAGACAGCCAUCCUGAACCUAGAGGAUAACAUGUAAUUAGAUGUUUACUUGAUAUGUAUCUGAAAAAAGAAACUUUGUAUAUUGUACUUUCCCCUCAUUUGAUCAAAUAUUGUAGAACUUCUAAAGCAAAGUUUGUACAAGUUCCAGGAAACCCACCCUGGCUUCCAGCAGUCAAAAACAAUGUGCUUUCAGAUGGGUUUUUUUCUUACCUGAAGAGAGUACAGUUGCCAUUUUGUUGUUGCUUAAGACAAUAUUGCUGGAAUGCACACAAUGGAAACAAAAUGCAUACUCCGUAAGCUACCUUUGUUGCCUUUCAGAGUGGGUUCUUGUAAUAUUUACUGCUAAAGUAUCGCAUUAUGUGAAGUUAAUGGGAAGAAGACCAGCUGAUUCACUAAAUGUGCUGAUUGAAUAAGGGAAGGGGAGGAGUACUUAGGCAAAGUUUUCUCCAGGACCUCCAGAUAUUAUGGUGAGUCCUAAAAUCUCUAGGACCGGCUGUUUUCAAUGAUGUGACAUUUUAUCCCUGAAAGUAGAUAUAAAUCUAUAUAGUACUGAUCACACAAUAGCAAUCACUUUAUUUAUCCUUGAGCUUUUCAGUGGCCUGGUAUGGUCAAUGUAGUACAAGUCUAGAAUUAAAGUUUUAUCUCUAAGAAUAGGUGCCCUGUUCUGCUGAUCACUAGCUUUGAAGGCAUAUUGCUCAAUUUAAAUUUGUUCAAACAGGUAAUGUGCAACUGCAUUAUUCCUUAUUUACUGCCAAAAUGUAUUUGGAGAAUAUAAAUAAUAUACUUCAAUAAGACCCUUGCAGUCAUUCACUAAGUAAAUUCAGCUUUAUAUUUGUACAUACAAUGAAGUGUAUGUAGUUGUUUCUAAGGGAUUGUUACAUUGAGUCUAUAAAUGGACUGUACAUCUUGUCAGGUCCACUUGAAUCAAAAAUAGAUUUCAAGGAUCAGCAUCACUAUCUGCUUUGGUGAAACAAUCAAUUCUUGAUCAUCUUCAUGGAACUGGAAAACAAAAGACAACUGACUAGAUAUUUAUCUUUUCAGUGACAGUAUGAUUUGUAUUCUUUGCAUUUGACUAUUCUGGUGUGCAGUAAUUUGGGCUCUAUUGCCAUGAAUAGUUUGGAUGUGAAUCAUCGUAAUAAAGUUCACAAGUGAAGUGGGAAGGAGAUGUGAUAACUCCAGUGUUGAAUAGUGUGCUUUUAUUUUGUGAUGAAUGAAGUCUAAUUUGCACCAGUCAUGCAGUGCAAGUACAAUAUUACUCUCGGGUGCAGUAGUGUUAUUACAGUUAAAAAUGCAUAAUGUAGCCUGACUCUCACUCCUUUAUCCAAAGCAAACUCAAUAUCCAGGAUUAUGAUUUUUCUCUCCUUGUCCCUAAGCCACCAGCUGUACUCCAACCAGUAUUUGAAAGAAGCUUUAACAUUUUUAUCAAUAUUUUUCCUGCCUAAACAUUAACAUCUUUCUCAUUGAAUUGUAAGUUUACAUUUCUGUAUUUAAUUUUGUUUGAUUCCUUGCACUUUGCUUUAAAAGCCUGUGCAGGUUACAUUUAAUAGAAGUAUUUCUUCAUGAAGUACUUAAGGCUUGGCCUUUCUUCCAUGCUCUGCUCAAUUCUUGAAUCAGAAUAAUGAUGGCCUCAUAGUAAAACAAGAUGAUAUCACCAUAUGGGUCAUUUAUCUCAGUUGAGUCGUGUGGGUUGAGAAACCGUAAAAGAGUCUUAUAGAAAAUUACAGUUGGGCAGCAUUUUGCUCUACAUUCUAUUUCGGCUUCCUUUUGAUUCCUGUCCCUCAAAUAAAACAUCCUGUUCAAAACAGUGAAAAUGUGAUUAUGGUCUUUGCAGAGUUUUGAUGUUUUUGCAGACAUUGGAUUCUUCAAAUCACAAACGAGAAAAUUUGCAGAUGUUGGAAAUCCGAGCAACACACACAAAAUGCUGGAGGAAUUCAGCAGGCCAGGCAGCAUCUAUGGAAAAGAGUGAACAGUCAACGUUUCAGGCUGAAACCCUUUGGCAAGACUGAAGUAAAGAGCUGAGGAGUGGAUUUAAAUCCUCAGCCUUUUUUCUCCAGUCCUGCUGAAGGGUUUCAUCCCAAAAUGUUGACAGUUUACUCUUUUCCAUAGAUGUUGCCUGGCCUGCUGAGUUCCUCCAGCAUUUUGUCUGUGUGUUGACUGGAUUCUUCAAAAAUAGUUUCACGAGGGUUACAAGCUUAUGAUGUGAAUGUUUGGAAUUGUGCUUAACGAUACUGCCAUGUUGGCCUGUGACUGAACGCUUUUACUAACCCCUUUUGCCCUAUCGCCCUUCCUCCACAGAAUCCUGAUUCCAAUCACUUACCUAGCCUUGUUAGAAGUGAAUUUGAUUAUUUAUAAUAUUUCCAUUUAAAUAUUAAGUUUAAAUUCAGAUUUGUGCUUGUUGGCAAAAUGGAAAGAACAGAUUUAUUGUGACUUCGGGUUCAUUAUCAACACUUGGUUUUGUAGAGGAAAUGCUGCUUGAUCUAAUCAGUGUUGUCACUCCUUCCCAAUGUGAUCAUUCCUUGCUUAACACUGCCAGAAAUUUUAAGCUAAUGCUAUAUUGAAUUGUCCAAUGUGUUUGAAUUUUAUUCUUUUUGGGGAUUGUGGAGAUUUCUUUAUUCCUAAAUUAACGAUUGAACUGACUGGCUUGGUAAGGCAUUAAGCUGACAGUUAAGAAUUGGGCACAUUCCAUUCAUCUUGUCACAACCCAAAGUAGAUAUCCUCACGAGUGACAAAAGUGAAUCACAUUCUGGGAGCAUGAGUUGUUCCCAGAAAAGGACAGCUGUUUGCAUCUGCAGUGUAAAGCACUUGAAUGAAACCAUUUCAGUUUGUGGUAGUUUUGCUAAAUACUGGCUUUAUUUUUAAGCAGGAUGCAUACAUUUAUAAAGAAAAUUUUGUGCAAAAUUUUAGACAAACCAAAUUUUCUGUUUUCUAGUAUUAGAGUUCACUUACUCAGUGUUUCAGUAGACAAAAGAUGUACUAACAAUGUGUGAUUGGUGCUGACAUUUUUGUGAAAAUGUAAUAAGUCAUAUGUCAAAGUGAGCUGGGAGUUCUUGGAAAAUGUUCUGCCUCAAGAUUCUGAUUGUCCCAUAUUCUAUUAUUAACCCACUGUAUUUUGAAUAGGAGAUCUGCAUGGGAAAAAAUAACAGCCCAUUUAUUAAAUAAGUGAUUUGAUGCCAUUUUAUUGAGAAGUAAGCAAAAACUAAUACCUCAGCAUUACAUAGACAAGGUGUGGCAAUAAGCAGUUACCUGAAGAAUCACAUCACCAGAAAAUUGCUUUGGUUCUAAACAGUCUGAAAUGUAUUAAGUGUACAGAGUGCAUACUUUGCCCAUCAGUUCUUAAUAGCAACUAAUGUUUGUUUUUGUAAAUUAGACUACUAGAAUCAUGUGACAAGAAUAACCUUCUAGUAGGAGAAGGGUGCAGUACAUCAGAUAUUCAGCAUGGCUAGUACAUUUCACCAGUCCACAAAAUUUAUGCCCUGUGACCCUUGACCUGAGUUGUUACUUGCAAUGUUCUUGAAUUUACAAUAUGAACAUGAGUACAUUUCAAUGUAAGAUGUUUGCUUCAAGUUGAAUUCAAAUCUUCAAUAAAUUUUUUAAAAUAAGA